AUGGAUCUCUCCAACACUUUGAUUCGCAGCGUGGUGCGCGCCUUCUACGAAACCAGGCACAUCCUGGUCGUGGAUGCGCUCUUCCUGCACUCAGUACUUCAUGCCGAGGACCUUGCUUUCUUGAUGGGCAUGCAACAAAAGGAUCUGCGAAAGCUAUGCGCUCGUCUGCGCGAAGACCGGUUAAUCGCCGUGAGCACACGUGCUGAGAUCCGCGAUGGCUCAACUCGCCCGGUCAACCGCGAAUACUACUACAUCCCCCUGCACCCCGUUGUCGACGCGAUCAAGUACAAAGUCUCGCAAUUGACCUCUACCAUCAAACUGCAAUACACACCCAGCGAAGAAAGAAAGGAAUACAUAUGUCUCCGAUGCUCAGCAGAAUGGACCGAACUCGACGUCCUCAGCCUGGUCUCCGACGAGGGCAACUUCGAAUGCCAAAACUGCGGUGCAGUCCUCGAACGCACCGAAGACGUAAAAGGCGUCGAGGGCAUCGACCGAACCGGCCAUGAAAAGAACAGCAAACUAAUGGCCCAACUUGACACAAUGCUCAAACUGCUCAAACAAAUCGACUCGGUCGAGAUCCCACCCAACGACUUCGACACAGCCUGGGACCACAAAGUCGAAGUCAUCCGCAAUAACCAAACGAAUCCCAUCCGGCCCGCAAUCCCCGUUCCACCAAAGGCACAAGACGCCACCCGCGCAAGCUCCAAAACGGACAGCGCGGCGCUGGAAAUCAGUCUCACGUCCAGCGCGGAGAAAUCUGCCGCCGACCAGGAAGAAGAAGCCCGCCGCAAAGCAGCCGUCGAAAAACAAAAUGCCCUACCUGUAUGGCAUACGCACUCGACGGUCAACGCGAACAAUGCCUCCGGUGGAACUGCAACAGUCAAGAACGAAGCUGGAGUCCCAAUCAAAACCGACGAUAUCGAUGAGGACCAGAAGCCCUCGCUCGACGAACUGGACGACAAAGUCGCAGCAUACUACGCGGAAAUGGAACGCGAAAAGGCCCUCCAAGCCCAAGAAGACGCUAGUAGCGCCGAAGAUGACUCGGAUGACUUUGACGAAUUCGAGGACGUUAACGUCUCCGUUUCCGGCCAAAGUGGUCCCGCCACCCCGGCCCCCGGAGCCGCGCCCACCAGUAUUCCAACACCUUCAUCUGGUAUUGCGGGUCUCAAGCGCGAGCAUGAUACGGGGUCCAGUGCGGCUCCUUCAUCUGUGGGCACACCGUCUACCCCCGCUGACGAUGGGCCCGCAAUGAAGAGGGUUAAAACUGAACCGGGAGUUAAGGAGGAGCCUGUUAUCAAACCUGAUCCGGAGGUUAAGCAAGAGGCCGAUAUUAAGGACGUGAAGAAGGAAGAGGAGUCCGAUGAAGAUGAUGAGGAGGAGUUUGAGGAUGUUUAA